UCCAUCUCUAAGAUUCCAUCCUUAUCUCUCUCUCUCUCUUUUCAACUCUCACUCUUUCUUUCUUUCUCCUCAAAUCCCUUGUGUGUCGGUGAUCAGAUCUCCCGGACGAAAACUUGCCUUUAAAGCAAUUCUGUUCCCAUCUGCUUUCACCAAUUGAGAGAAAGAGAGAGAUUCUGUCUCUGUCUGUCGGUGAAGUGUUGCCGGAGCAGAUUUGGGAGCCAAUGCAGCUGAUCUGAAUCUCUUCAAUUUCGAUUGAAUCUGAUAGGAGCAAUGAUGCAGACAGAUCAUCAGCGUAAAAAGAAUAAUCUGGAGAUGGAGUUCUUCUCUGACUAUGGCGACGCCAACAGAUUCAAAAUCCAAGAAAGAAUCGGAAAAGGCAGCUAUGGAGUUGUUUGCUCAGCCAUAGACACUCUAACAGGUGAGAAAGUGGCGAUAAAGAAAAUACAUGACAUUUUCGAGCAUAUAUCCGAUGCAGCGAGGAUUCUGCGCGAGAUUAAGCUCCUCAGACUCCUAAGGCAUCCAGAUAUAGUUGAAAUCAAGCACAUCAUGCUUCCUCCUUCGAGAAGAGAGUUCAAAGAUAUAUAUGUUGUGUUUGAGCUUAUGGAAUCUGAUCUUCAUCAAGUUAUUAAAGCUAAUGAUGAUUUGACAAGAGAGCAUUACCAGUUCUUCCUUUAUCAGUUAUUGCGUGCACUCAAGUACAUUCACACAGCUAAUGUCUACCACAGAGAUCUGAAGCCAAAGAAUAUAUUGGCAAAUGCAAAUUGUAAACUUAAGAUUUGUGAUUUUGGAUUGGCAAGAGUUGCGUUCAAUGAUACUCCCACAACAAUCAUAUGGACAGACUACGUUGCUACAAGAUGGUAUAGAGCUCCAGAGCUUUGUGGAUCUUUUUACUCUAAGUAUACACCUGCGAUUGAUAUUUGGAGUAUAGGUUGCAUCUUUGCGGAAGUAUUGAUGGGAAAACCACUUUUCCCUGGAAAGAAUGUUGUUCACCAGCUGGAUCUUAUGACUGAUCUGUUAGGAACACCUUCCCUAGACACCAUCUCCAGGGUAAGGAAUGAGAAGGCAAGAAGGUACUUAACUAGUAUGAGGAAGAAGCCACCCAUUCCGUUUACUCAGAAAUUUCCAAACGCAGAUCCUUUGUCUCUCAAGUUGCUGGAGAGGCUUCUUGCUUUUGAUCCAAAAGACCGGCCAACUGCUGAAGAGGCACUUGCUGAUCCAUAUUUCAAGGGAUUGGCAAAAGUGGAAAGGGAGCCUUCAUGUCAACCCAUCACAAAGAUGGAGUUUGAAUUCGAGAGAAGAAAAGUCACUAAAGAGGACAUCAGAGAGCUAAUAUCUAGGGAGAUACUUGAGUACCAUCCUCAGCUGCUAAAAGAUCACAUGAACGGGGCUGAGAAAACCAAUUUUCUCUAUCCAAGUGCUGUUGAUCAAUUUAGGAGACAGUUUGCGCAUCUUGAAGAAAACAGCGGGAAAACCGGCCCUGUGGCACCUCUAGAAAGAAAACAUGCCUCUCUUCCUAGAUCAACAGUUAUACACUCAACCUCAGUUGCACGAGGAGGACAACCGAAACUUAUGAACACAUUGAACCCUGAAACUACUCAAAACAUUCCUCAUAAUCAUUACACAACAUCACAAGCACCUCCUCAAAGAAACCUCUCAGCUGCCAAACCAAGUACAUACAUGGGCCCGGUGGGUCCUUAUAACAAUAGAGAAGCAUAUGACCCGAGAUCAUUCAUCCGCAACACUUCUCUUCCCUUUCCACAACAGUCUGCAGCAACAGUCACCAUGGGAAAGCAACAAGAGAGGAGAACAACAACAACAACCAUGGAGUCUGAGAAGCAGGCAAGACAGAUAUCUCAGUACAAUAGAUACGCACCAGACGUAGCCAUCAACAUAGAUAACAACCCGUUUAUAUUGGCUCGAACCGGAAUGCACAAGGCUGAAAACAUGAGUGACAGGAUUGUAAUCGAUACAAAUCUGUUACAGGCCACCGCUGGAAUAGGAGUUGCAGCGGCGGCUGCAGCUGCUGCACCUGGUGGUUCUGCUCACCGGAAAGUUGGAGCUGUUCGGUACGGCAUGUCAAACAUAUACUAAAGCGGGUUUUGAUCACCACACAAAACAUCUCUAAAGAUAAAUAAAUGGAUGUUAUAUAAUCUGACAUAUAGAAACGUGAGAGAAGGUCCUGAUUUUCUGAAGUGUAAAAGAACCGCCGGGGUACAGAAGAUGUAUCAGAGUUUACUGAGAAUGCGCACGAUGGUUUCAUGGCACAGAGCCUAUACGCAUGUGGUAGUGGGAGCCUAUUUUACAGGCACCAUUUUUUUCUUCCAAUGUAACAAUAGAAAUAUAAAAGCUCCAUUUGUCGCUUGAUCUAAUGUUUAACCAUACAACUUGUGUAUGUAUUUCUUUAUAAAUAAGGAUCUAGUUUGCUUAUUUUCUUCUUAACAUGCUGC